AAUAAAUGGAGAUAGAUAAUCAUCAUUUAAACUUCUAGUUGGAACUCUAAUAUGCUAGAGCAAGAUAACGAUAGAGGAGAAGGAAUAUAAUCCUAAUUGUAUUUGCUAUAAUGUCCAUUUUCUAUGUAUUCAUUCAACCAAAUCAAUAUGCCAAUAAAUAAAAUCAGAUUCAAUAUUCUUAAAAUAAUGGCACUAAUGGAGCCAUCAACAUUACAGAGACCAAUUCAACUUUGCUUUAAAUCUAAAAACAUUUUGAAAUAUUAGAGAAAUUACUCGCCUCCCAAUUUCAAGGAAAAUGGACAAAUCCAUAAUUAACUUAAAAUGAAUUGGCAGAAGCCAAUUUCUAUAAAACUUCUUAUUAAAAUCGCUUUCAAAUACAACUUCAAUUAAAGCUAAUCGAAGGAUAGUUCCUAGAGGAUUAUUACAACCAAUUCUCAUUUUAUUUGAAUUCGUCAUAAUUAGUGUUACCCCUUGAAGACAACAACUUUGUAUUCGAAAAUGUCAGAGGGUCUUUUAGGAGAACUAGUGUUUAUGAAAAUGAUCAGUCCAGUGUAGAAAUCUAUGCUAACUUAACAAUGAAAUUAAAUAAUAUUAACAUGGAUAGUGAUACCUAAGAUGAUAUUGGCAUAGAAUUAGAUGUUCAUUAUACUUUAUAUUCAGAAACAUUCUCUUUCAGUUGCAAUCUUAAUACAAUAAAUGUAAAAGAUAAUCAUAAAUUAAGAUAGAUAGCAAAGCGAUUAUCUAUUCCACAAUAGUUUCCGUUUUAGGUGUGAUUUAAUUUAUUAGCUGUCUGAAAUUGAUGAAGGACUUCAUAAAUGAAAACAGGAUGGCUUCCUAAUUCAGUCUCUUUAUAUUUGUAUUCCUUAUGAUAUUUGAUGGCUAUUUAGGAAUAGUUCAUUUCUUUCUUGCACUGCAAAGCGAAGUAAUUUAUCCAUGUAUUACGUAGUACUUUUUAACCCCAGCCUUCCUUGAAUUAGUGUUGUUUUUCUUCUUAGAGUUAAAAUUAGCUAAACACAUUUGGUAAGAAAGGUUCAUCAACCUACAGGAUAACCUAAAUUUAAGAAGAGAACUCUAUAGAUUUCAUCUUAAAUUUUACUUGCUGGCUAUUAUUGUUGUACUUCUACUUUAUUACCUUAUUUACUAUAAUGUUUUCUUGAUUGCCAUGAAUCUAUAUUUAUUACCAUAGAUAAUACAUGUAGCAUAUAAAGGACAGUAUGUAGAAUUUGAUAAAAUCUUUGUUUUUGGAUUAUUGUCAACCAGAUUAUUCAUACCUGUAUUAGAUGCAUUCUUAAUUUUAGAUUUAUUAUAGAGGUUGUCCUUACAAUAUACUACAUGCUUAGGUGUCCUAUUUAACAGUAACAAUUAUAAUUCUCUUAUUUGCUGCACAAGUAGUCCUCUACUAUUAUCAAUGUAAAAUUGGACCGAGAUUUUUCCUACCAAAAUGGCUGAGACCUAAAUCACAUGAAUAUUUUGUAGAAUAACCCGUAGAUGGAGAAUGUGCAAUUUGCAUCACUUAAUUAACUGAAAUGCCAACUGAAUCUUAAUUAGAUAAUAAGUUUAUUGCUAAAAUAAUUAGUUAGAAUUAAAAUAAAUUAAUGGAAACACCUUGUGUAUUAAUUAUUAAUUAUCUUAGGGUCAUUAUUUUCAUUCCAUUUGUUUAACUAAAUGGAUGAAUGUCAAAUUAAACUGUCCAACUUGUCGUUCUGUACUUCCACCAUUAAUUUGACUCAAAUAAUAUAACAGAG